UAGUGCUCAGGAGUUCAUUUGGGUUGUGGUGCGUUGAGGUGUUAACAUGUGGGUUGUUCCGUGUCGGUCGUAAAGUAUUAUUGGCUCUUAAUAUUCUAUGCGUUGUAAUCUAUAGAACAGUUCCAUGGAACAGACUAUUUAGGUAGGACAAGUGUGUGUGUGUGUGUGUGUGUGUGUGUGUGUGUGUGUGUGUUUUCAAAUGAUUGGGAUGGACGCCCACGUGGAAGAACGUGAUGAAAGAUCAGUGGAAAGAACGUUGACAGCAGAUGAACGCAGCAAAUUAGAGAAUCAAAAUAGCAGACUAGUUCCUCAGUUUCUGGCAACGAAAUUAGAAUUAGAAGCAAAGAAGAAUUGGGAUCUUUUUUAUAAACGAAACGACACGCGUUUUUUUAAGGAUAGACAUUGGACUGUUAGAGAAUUCAGUGAAUUAUCAGAGUGUUCUGCAAGUGAAAAAUCGAAAGUUCUUUUAGAAGUGGGUUGCGGAGUGGGAAACUUCGUUUACCCAUUAAUUGAGGAGAAAUUGAAUUUGUUCAUUUAUGCAUGCGAUUUCUCGCCGAGAGCAAUAGAAUACGUGAAGUCGCAUUCGUUGUACGAUGAGACGAAGAUAAAAGCGUUUCAGGUGGACAUAACAACUGAUGAAAUAUUUCAUUAUUUACAAUGUGAAUCAGUCGAUAUUGUAACAUUGGUCUUCGUACUUUCUGCUAUUCAUCCAGAUAAGUUCUUGCAAACAUUGAGGACAUUAUUUAUAUUGUUGAAGCCAGGAGGAAUUAUGCUGUUCCGAGAUUAUGGUCUUUACGACAUGGCACAACUCAGGUUUAAAGCAGGAAAUAAAAUAGCGGAAAAUUUUUAUAUGCGCCAGGACGGUACAAGGAGCUAUUACUUUUCGGUUGAAGAAGUUCACCAGUUAGUGAAAGAUGCUGGAUUUCAAGUAACCACUAAUUCAUACAUUCACAGGCGAACAGUUAACAAAAAGGAAGAAAUUGAUGUACCCAGAAUUUUUAUUCAAGGAAAAUUCAGAAAAGUUCCUCCAUAAUAGGGUAGAGAGAGCAGCAGUGUCAAAAUAGUGCUGCAGACAAGUUAUUUGGAACGAUGAAUUGUGCUGUGCCUUAUGGCACACCAUGGAAGAAUUUGGGUUUGGCAGAUGCCUGGUGAAUGUUACCUGCCAUGUCCACUAUUAGAUGCGUGGAUACUUGUGAUCAGAAAUGUAAAUAUAUUACAUAUGUGAUGUUGAAGAAAAGGCCAUAACAUUGACACAUGGUGUGAAUGUAUGGGUAGACUGCUAUCUGUACUGUUUGGAUAGUGAAUAGUGUGUGCCAGCUGGUCUCGUUGGAAAUUACAUUAAAGAUGGAGAAGUGAAUUGGGUGCAAUGAAUUAAAGAUGGAACAAAGGGGCAGUUGCAGUUAUUUAAGGUGAAUGCUGUGCCAGUAACACGAAGGAUGGAGAAGUGAAUUGGGUGCAAUGAAUUAAAGAUGGAACAAAGGGGCAGUUGCAGUUAUUUAAGGUGAAUGCUGUGCCAGUAACACGAAGGAUCAAUAAUGGAAAUCUUGUAGGACCUAAUGACAACUAUAUGGACUCUACUUCAACUGACAACAAAUCCUGUGAAUCUUCACAUCUGGCUGUAUAUGGUGACAUCUAUGAUGUGUCAAUUGGACGAGGACACACCAUUAAGAUAUUACUUUGCCUAUGUCAUGAAAGUUUUGUGGAAACUAGACACUCAUUUUGAUUAUUGGAGAGUGUUUGAGGUUUUCUUAGAAGCUGUGAAAUUAGUGGCAGUUGGUACUUCUCUGAUGUUAUUACCUUCUGAAAUGUCUGAAGAUUCUGCAGUUUGUAGAGAACUGGGUGGGUAUAUUUGUGCAGCAUGUUAGGAGAAAUUGUAUAAUUGAAAUGAGGAUGAUCACAUCCACACCAUUCAUGAUGGCAGUUACUCCAUGAGGGAUGCUGGUGCAGAUUCUGAUUUAGCCCACUGCUUUCAUCACAUAGCAAAAAACUUUAGGAAAUCAUGAAGGAUCACAGCAACGUUGGACAUUGUCUGGCUCAAUGUACUUCUCUGUAUGCUCAGGAGGUAUGGCAACAGAAAAAUUUGGUUUAGAGGAAGUACCAGGGGAUUAGGUACUGAGCCUGAAGCUUUACAGUGGGCCUCUAGCUUUGCAAGACAUUUCACGGUAUUGCAAGCGGAAGAAAGCAGAGCUGUUUCCGAAUGUAUCAAAGAAGUCCAAAAUAAUGGAAUUGGUUUACAGCCUCGUGGCAGAAGCAAACCAAUCUUUCGGAAAGGGAGCAACCCUGCGGCAAUCACGAAAAAGGUCUUACCCAUUCUUUUAAAAUAUAACUAUGUUUCAUCUGAAAAUUUGUUACAAUAAUUACACGUGAUAUACCAUUAAUUUGAUUGAUCCAAAGUUUGCCCAAUUUUUUUCAAAUGGGGUUAGAAUUAUAUAACAAAAUUAUCAAUGAUUUGAAUUGAGAGGUACAGAACAUAUUGUCAUCUGGAUAGGAAGAAAAUGUAUUUUGUAACAUGGUAUUGCUGUUAGCAUUUUGGUGAUUCACUUUUAUCGCUAAAUUAAUUCCUCUUUAUUCUAUGUGAUGAGUAUACUGAUAAAGCAUGUCAAUUUCUGACAAAUAUAGUUUCUUAGUUCAAUAAAAAAGGAUGGUAUCAAUGGAAAAAGACGAUAAUGUUGAUGUAUAUGUAUCUAAUACAAAAUUAAAUAUAUUAUGUGUUGUUGGUACUCCAAACAGUAGUAAAAAUUGGUUCUUUGACUUCUGAAUCUCUUGCAUUAUGUAUUGGCCGUAUAGAAAGGUGUAAUAACAAAACUAAUGAAUUGGCAUUACAAGACGCAGCAAAUGGACUGCUAAUUAUUGGUAAUGAAAUAUCAAUUGAAGGUGGUGCUCUAGAAGAUUUUUAAAAAAGUAUGUGAAGGAAUUGCUUGUAAUGUUAGAAUGAAGUUAAGAGGUGACCAAAUUUUGUGAUGUACACAUGUUUUACUUAUCAGUAAUUCAGAACUAAUCAGAAUUUCAGAACUAAUAAGAAUUUCAGAAGUAUUCGUGUUACAUGUAAAUGGAAAGGUAUGAUGAAUUAAAACAUGCUUGUAAAAAGCCAUAUCCAAUGGCAUUCUUCCAAUUAUUGGAAAUGUGUGAUGUCUUAUUAAAUGGAUUUGGGAAUGGAAAUGGAAACAUUGUAUUUUGAGUAACAAUAAAUGUUUAUUCACAGAA